AAUCGUACAUUGUGUAUUUUAGUUGACAUAAAAUUCAUCAUUCGGGCUGGUAAAAAGUAAAAUCUGUAUAAUCAUUUCGGAAAAUCUAGUACAUUCGCUUUAAAAACGGAUGGUAGCACUGCAUUUGUAGCGACGACACUGAUGGAUUGUUACGCGCACGAGAGUUAAAAUAAUUAUACUAAAAUAGACAUGUGCAAAGAGAACACGUAUUCAUAUUCAUUUGUACACGCAUAAAACAUUUAACUUUAAAAAGGUGGUCAAGUCGUGCAGGUUGUGUUUGUGUUGAAGACAACUGCAUUAGUUUAUGUGGGUCAUUUUACGGGGUACUUAUUAAAAAAAUUAUUUGACACGGUAUCUACACACAUAGACGUACGUUCAUAUGUACAUAUAUGCACGCGAGUGAAAAUUGCAAACUCAAGUGUAGCGUGUAGCGUGUGUGUAAUUUUGAUAUUUUCCGCGCCCUGUCAUACUGUCAAGUGCUCCCGGUUUUUGUUUUGUCGGUUUCACCGUUGCCACCCGCUCAACAAGAAUGCCGCUACUUGCCUAUAAAGAACGUCACAUUCUCAGUCCCCAGCAGCUGCGCAAGCUUACCGAACACAAAUACUCGUGCUUUAGCGCAAGCCUGCUGGAUCCUCUGCUGCAGCCCUGGUGGAAUUGGUUGGUCGCCCAAACGCCACUUUGGCUGGCACCUAAUCUAAUAACAAUUGUUGGUCUAAUACUCAAUAUUGUAACAACUUUGAUAUUAAUAUGCUAUAGUCCAAAUGGUAUUGAUCCACCGCCACGUUGGACUUGCUUUCUGUGUGCUCUUGGCCUGUUUGUCUAUCAAAGUCUGGACUCUAUUGAUGGGAAGCAGGCGCGCCGUACCAACACUUCAUCGCCUCUAGGCGAACUUUUUGACCAUGGCUGUGAUUCCAUAUCAACUAUAUUUGUGGCUUUAUCGGCGUGUAUAUCCUGCCAACUCGGUCACUAUCCAAACUGGCUUUUCUUUCAGUGUUUUUGCGCUAUUGCAUUGUUCUAUUGUGCCCAUUGGCAGACGUAUGUCUCCGGGACGAUGCGUUUCGGACGAAUCGAUGUCACGGAGGCGCAGUUCUCCAUUAUUGCCAUACAUUUGGUUUCGGCUGCCCUGGGACCCGAAGUCUGGCUGACGAAGAUUCCAAUCGUGGGAGUUUCAUGGAAUUACACAAUUUUAUUAUUUAUCACAUUCGGUUAUACUUUAAAUAUAAUCAGUUUUCUCAAAAUGUUUAUUCAAGGCGGCAGUGGCAAAAACGGCUCAUCAGUUGCUGGAACCAGUGUAUUAUCACCUAGUAUACCACUGACUUUAGUAGUGCUGCCAGCACUGAUGAUAGCGCAAAAGUCACCGGAUAACAUUUUCACUGAACAUGCUUCUGUUUUUAUUCUGGCUUUUGGAAUGGUAGCUGCCAAAAUUACCAACAAGCUGGUGAUAGCUCAUAUGACUAAGGCGGAAAUGGAGUACCUAGACUGGUCGCUAUUGGGUCCCGGAUUAUUGUUCCUGAAUCAGUACUUUAAUUGUAUUGUACCAGAGAUUUGGCUGCUCUGGUUUACGCUAGCCUGGAGCACACAGGAUCUAUUGCGUUACUGUGCGCAGGUUUGCCUAGAGAUUUGUCAUCAUCUUCGCAUCGAACUAUUUAGAAUUCCGUAUAGUCCUAAGGUUUCGAACACUAUUUCGGUGGGUAGCCAAAGCAACUUUGGAGCUGACAAAAAUGGUGGCACUUCACACCGAAAGUCUAAGAGCAAAGCUCACUAGAGCAAUAAGUCGAUUUAAUUUUUCAAAUAAUUACGGUGUUUAGCCAAAGUUUAACCAAAUUUGAACUCAACCCAACAAAAUUUACCGUCGAAAUGUUAAUACGAAACAAAUUAUAGCAUAAUUAAUUUAUAACUGUUAUUGUAACACAAAAAAAAGGAGGCAUACCGAUAUUAAUUUUAUGCUUAUAUAAUAUAUUAGGUAUAUAAAUAUAUUUUAUAUAUUUUUGUGUAAAUUGUAAAAAAAUACGAUGUAGCCUAUAGUAUUUUAUUGUGUGCUAAAUGUUGUUUAGUGCAAAAAAGGAGAUAAAAUCACAUGCCAAAAGAAAACACUCAAUUUUUGGCUUGCUUAAAGCUCAAUAUAUGGCCAAACCCAAAUGAAACAAAGACAGACAAUGCGUAUUUAGGACUCUCUUUAUUUCCUUAUUUAUAUCUAUUGGGCGUGCGCCUGAAUCUUUAUGAUCUAUUUGUGUUAUUCCGUUAUAAUUAUAUUAUAAUUGAUGUUGAUAUAUUAGUUACUCACUGAGAAUAUAUAACACAUAAAAUGUAUGUUCGCAAGAAUAUUAAUACUGAAUAUGAUCACCGAUUUUGAAAAGACAUUGCUCAUUAUUCAACAACCAACCUUUGAUGCCUGAAAUGCAGAAGAAAAUGAGCAGCAGACACAAAGCUUUUAGCUGUUUAAAACAUUGAGUUUAUUCCGAUGAACAGAUCACACAAUAUCGAAUCUGUCGUCCAAAGAAAUAAUGCUUUUGUUCUAAAUAUAUUUGGUAAUAAUAUAUUUAUUUAGUCAGAGUGGAGAUAGGUUACCAAGACGGUGAUCAAAGAACGUGUGACCUCGCUAAAAUAAUAUAUCCAUACUUUAAUAUAUGUUGUAUGUAAAUAACAACUACUAGAUACAUAUAUAAAUUUAAAUAAGCUUUUUUAAA